UGAAAAAGUCACUCUAUAUGUUCCUUUAGCUCACAUAUGUAAACAUGUAACCAAACAACAUAUGUGCGUAAUAUAAUCAAUAAUGUAUAAUCUCGAAUUGUUGUGGCUACGGAGUUGAGAGCUGAACUCUCCUGGGAGCGAUCUGCGACCCAGUUCUCCUUCCACGUUUAGAGCAUCGAUGAAUACUUAGGAUCGACAGAUGAUGUCUUUUUUCUGAUUCAAAGUAGUUUAACACUUCUUAAACCUAAAUACGUCCUUGGAUUUCUGUUUGGAAGACAGAUUUGCGUUCGACAAAACAAUACCCAAGUUGCGAAAUUACUGUUCAUGGCUACCUGAGCCUGAAAUCCGACGCCCCUGUUCUCAGACCUUCCACUGAGUGUCGCCGAUAGAACUGUUCAUCCGAGCCUGACCGCAGCUGAACUGUUACCUGCGACUGAGGGUCUGCGAUAGAACCCGCAAACCAGCUCACCGAAAAUGACUAUUAGCGAUUUUGGAGUCGGUUUGCUUUGAUUAUUCUCCGUCCUUUGGGGUUUUGUUGUGUUUGGUUUGGGCGUCUAAGACCUGUGAACUGAGUCUGCUCAGCUCGCAAUUUCAGUUGGGACGAAGGCUGCCUAACACCUGUGACGAACACACCUACUGCGCCAGUUUACUGGCCUUGGCAGUAACCAGGUUUGCUGCGUUUUUUGUCAUUUGAAGUGCUGCUGCAAGUACUUGUGAUGGGAAAAUCGAAGCAGGCCGUUGGGGACUCCUCCAAUACGAGAUUUACCAGGUCCAAAUAUGCAGCUUUACAGGAUUUGGAAGAAGACUUCCCAUCUCUUAACUCUGGAAACAAUGUUAAAAAGGCAGUGGUUGUUCCAAACAAAACUAGCCAGACUGAGAGUGAAAAACAACCGACCUUGGAUGUGAUGGGGGCUGUCUCUGAAGCAUUAGACCAGACUCCUGGAGGAAAAAAGAAUGCUGGGACCUGUGAUACAAUUGAUAUCCCAAUUCCUGGGAAUAUAGGGACUGAUGCAAUCAAGAAUGCAGGACAGAACAAGGCUGCUGGUCAGGUUAGAACUCUGGCAGAAAACAAAGCUCCAUGGUCAAACCUGUUUAAGGAUAACCGAGAUCCGGCACAUGGCAUCAAAUUGAGAUAUGUUCCUCCUAAAGGAGAAACUUUGGACUUUGGGGAUCGGGUAUUACCUUCCAUGGUUGAUAUGUGGGGCUAUUGCCUAGUUGGGCACUUCACCGGCAAAUUUCCCGGACUAAAAGCGGUGCAUGAUCUUAAAGCUACGUGGGGUGUAAGAUGUCUUGUGAGGUCCCAUAACAAGGGAUGGGUAAUCUUUAAAUUUGGAAAUGAGGAGGAUAGACUGAAGGUACUACAUGACGGACCUUACAAUGUUUUUGGGAAACUUCUUAUGCUCAAAGUACUUUCGGAAGACUUCUCGUUUGAAGAUGAGGAAUUUCUUAAAGUACCAAUUUGGGUGAAGUUCCCCAAACUACCUAUGAAGCUAUGGAACGACGAAGCUAUGAGUGAAGUGGCAUCUAUGGUUGGGGUUCCAUUUACUACGGACAAGAUUACUCAAGAGAGGUCAAAUAAUGAAUAUGCUAGAGUACUCAUUGAAGUUGAUGUUUCAAAGCCACCGCCACUUUCUUUUCAUAUACGGCUACCUUCCCAAAAGGUAAUCAAACAAAGUGUGCUUUAUGAAACUUUUCCUAACUUUUGUUUUCAGUGCAAGGAAUUUGGGCACCACCCAUUUAUUUGUAAGAAGCUUGCCAAACGGGAUGAUGGAGAAAGAGAGAAAGAACAGAGCAUGGGGAAAAAUGAAAAAUUAGGGAAUGAGCAAACUGGGCCGGCUACUGCUCAUGAAAAAACUGCAGUAAUUCAUGCCCUGACUGAUGCAUCAGCUGCCUCCGGUGCCCAAGGAUCUGCCGCAACUAAGGGAGCUGAGGGACCUGCCAAGGGAGCUCCUAAGAGACCUGCCAAGGGAGUUGAGCAACCUGCCAAAUCUGCUGUGGUUGUGCGACCUGCUGCCACGCUUGAGUUACCUGCCAAAUCUGCCGCGGUUGUGCGACCUGCUGCCACACUUCAACAACCUGCCCAGGGGACUGCCACUGCCGCGGUUCUUGCUACUACGCCUGCUGGACAGCCUACAAAACAAGCUAGUAAAACCUCUGAAGCCGUGUUGGAAGAUGCCGUGAGGGUUGUGAUUGAUGAAAGUGAAGUAAGACAAAAUGAUGUUGUCACUAAAUGUGAGGUGAUAAACGGUAAGACGCUUAAGCUAAGUGUCAAACCGUUUAGAUCCGUGCAUGAUAGUGUAAUUAGAGUGGAUACUUCUCUCCGACUUACGGAUGAUUUGGAUAAAAAGGGCUUAACAUUCACGGCCAAAUGUCUUGAAGGUUUGCCAGGAGUUACGAGGAAAAAAGGGGAAGUUUGCUUUGACUCAAAGUUCACUACUCCUUUCAGAUUGUUUUUUGGGUUUAAAUAGGGGAUCUUAGUGUUUUUGGUGGUGUAGCUUACUUAAGCUAUUAUUGAUCUUUGUGUUCAAUAUUUUGACUUGUGAGGGGUAAUUUGGAUUUUGUGGUAUCCUAUGUAUUUGGGAUAUGCACUAUUUGAUGCAUUAUAUCUAGGUUAGAUUUUUCUAGCUUAGAUAGUCAUUUUGAUUUGGAUUUGAUGCAUUGUAAAAUGCUAUUUUUUUCGGUUUCUAAUAUACUUACAUAUUAUCGAAAAAAAAAAAUAUAAUCAAU